AUCGUACCAAUUUUUGGCAUUCACACAACAACGUAUUCGGUGCCGGGGAAAUGAAAUAAUUUAAGAAUACUGGUUUAUGCCUCUUUAAUUAGGUGUAUUUAACAUUUCUAUCUAGACUGUAACUUAGAUUCAUUAAGGAUGCCACGUGAAGGCAGAUCAUACAGAAAGAGGUCUAGGUCUCGCAGUACGUCGCGGUCUCCAGACAGAAGUAAAAAGAGAAAAAGUAGAUCAAGAUCCCCUAAAUCACGUACAAGAAGAUCUCGAAGUCGUGAGAGAGUUAGGCGCUCGCGAAGCAGGGACAGAGACAGAUCCAGAAGAUCACGCUCAAGAGAAAGAACUCAGAGGUCAAGAAGGUCCAGGUCAAGAGAUCGAGAAAGAGACAGAGAUCGUGAUCGGGAUAGAGAUAAAAACAGAGACAGAGAAAAAGACAAAGACAGAGACAGAAAACCACCAGAACCAAGUUUGCUUACCAAAAACAGGAGAUCGACAAGCAGGGAAAGGAAUAAAAAGUCUCGUAGCAAAACUCCAGAGAAAGUUAUUGAAGGAGCCAUAAAAGUGAAAGAUGAGCCCAUGGAUAAGGAAGCUGAGCAAAAAAGAUUGGAAGACGAAAUGCAAAAACGAAGAGAGAGGAUAGAAAAAUGGCGAGAGGAUAGAAAGAAAACCAUUGUGUUGCCACAAAUAAAUAUUGCCCCUCCUAGCAAAACCUGGAGCUUGGAGGAUGAUGCAGAUGAUGAAGAAGAGGAAGUUAAGCAAGAAAAUGGUGCUGAUGAUGAGGAUGAAAUAGACCCUCUUGAUGCUUACAUGCAGCAAGUAAAUGAUGAAGUCAAACAUGUGAAAUCAAACCUGACAGGAGCUGGCAAUCAAGCAGGAACUAAAGGGGCCAGUGUAAGUGAACCUGUGAGUAAAGUGACUUUUGUGACAGCAGUGGCCAAGUCCAAAGAUGACCCAGCCAAGAAGAAAGGAGAGUUGAUGGAAAGCAACAUAGAUGCCAUGGAGUACUCAUCAGAGGAGGAAGAGGAGGGUGUGGAAGAAAUGUUUGCAGGAAUGCAGAAAAAGAAAAAGGAAUUUUUGGCCAUAGAUCAUUCCAAAAUAUACUAUGGACCUUUCAAGAAAGACUUUUAUGUUGAAGUGCCAGAACUGACAAAAAUGAGCCAGGAAGAGGUAGAUCAGCUAAGAGAUGAGUUAGAGGGAAUUAAAGUCAGGGGCAAAGGUUGUCCUAAACCUAUUAGGAACUGGGCUCAGUGUGGUGUGAGCAAAAAGAUCAUGGAAUGUUUAAAGAGGUAUGACUAUGAAAAGCCCACCCCAAUCCAGGCUCAAGCCAUCCCUGCCAUUAUGUCAGGAAGAGAUGUGAUAGGGAUCGCCAAGACUGGUAGUGGGAAAACUCUGGCCUUUCUACUGCCCAUGUUGAGGCAUGUGCUGGAUCAGCCACCUUUGGAGGAAGGAGAUGGAUCUAUAGCUAUAAUUUUGACUCCAACUAGAGAACUAGCCAUGCAGAUUACCAAAGAGUGUAAAAAAUUCACCAAAAACCUUGGCCUGCAGGCAGUGUGUGUAUAUGGAGGAACAGGUAUCUCAGAGCAGAUAGCAGAGCUGAAAAGAGGUGCCGAGAUCAUUGUAUGCACUCCAGGAAGAAUGAUUGACAUGCUGGCAGCUAACAAUGGCAGAGUUACCAACUGCCGGCGUUGCACAUUUGUUGUACUGGAUGAAGCAGACAGAAUGUUUGAUAUGGGCUUUGAACCACAGGUGAUGCGCAUAGUGGACAACAUUAGACCAGAUCGCCAAACUGUGAUGUUUUCAGCCACGUUUCCUCGCCAGAUGGAGGCCCUUGCCAGGAAGAUCCUUACCAAGCCCAUUGAAGUUCAGGUUGGAGGAAGAAGUGUUGUGUGCAAGGAUGUAGAACAGCAUGUUGUGGUCAUAGAUGAUGACAGCAAGUUCUUCAAACUGCUAGAACUGCUGGGGGUCUAUCAGGAACAGGGCAGUGUCCUGGUGUUUGUGGACAAGCAGGAACAUGCUGAUGAGCUAAUGAAGAACCUGAUGAAGCACUCCUAUCCCUGUAUGAGUCUCCAUGGAGGUAUUGACCAGUAUGACAGAGACAGCACCAUCACUGACUUUAAGCAGGGGAAUGUUAAAUUGCUGGUAGCAACUUCAGUGGCAGCUCGUGGCUUGGAUGUGAAGCAUCUUAUAUUAGUGGUGAAUUAUGACUGUCCCAAUCAUUAUGAAGACUAUGUACAUAGAUGUGGGCGAACUGGCCGAGCAGGAAACAAAGGUUUUGCGUAUACCUUUAUCACCCCUGAACAGGAGAGGUAUGCCAAUGACAUCAUCAAGGCACUGGAACAGUCUGGAGCUGUGGUGCCUGCAGACCUGCAGAAGUUAUGGGACGAUUACAAGGCUAGAGCAGAAGCAGAAGGCAAAAAGAUCAAGAGCAGCAGUGGCUUCAGGGGGAAAGGUUUCAAGUUUGACGAGACGGAGGCCCACCUGGCGGACGAGAGAAAGAAGUUACAGAAAGCUGCUCUAGGAUUGCAAGACUCAGAUGAAGAAGAUGCUGGUAUUGAUAUUGACCAGCAGAUUGAAGACAUGUUUGCCAGUAAGACCCGAGUGACCGAUGUCCACCAGCCCAUGAUUAACCAGCAGGCCCAGCCCACUGCGUCCAACCAACAGAAACUGGAGCUGGCCAAGAGACUGGCCUCCAUGAUCAACAGGCAGAAAAACCUGGGAGCGGAGGCACAAGAUAUUACACAGCAGGCUGCUGCAUCCAUCUUACAGGGACUACCAUCUCAGGCACCUCAAGUCUCUGCCAAGACUAUAGCAGAGCAGAUGGCAGAGAAGAUCAAUGCUAAGAUAGGGUACCGUCCUCCUGCAGAGGAAGAGAAAGAGGGACAGGAGCAGCAGGGAGAAACAUUUAAGAGAUAUGAACUGGAGCUGGAGAUCAAUGACUUCCCACAGACUGCCAGGUGGAAAGUCACCUCUAAGGAAGCCCUGGCUCAGAUCUGUGAGUACUCAGAGGCAGGUAUCACAGUGCGUGGGACAUACUUCCCUCCAGGUAAACUACCUAAGGAAGAGGAGCGCAAGCUAUACCUGGCUAUAGAGGCCACCAGUGAGCUGUCCAUACAGAAGGCUAAGACAGAGAUCACCAGGCUGAUCAAGGAGGAGCUGGUUAGACUGCAAAAUUCUUAUCAACCAAUCAACAGAGGCAGAUACAAGGUUCUAUGAUAAGGUUGGACAGUGCAGAAGAUUCUCCAGCAAAUCUACAGGAAUUUUAUUUUAAAAUUCUCCAUAACAUUUUUAUAGAAAUAUAUACUUCACAUAUUUCAGAAUUAAUAUUUUGUAGAUUAAUGAUGUGUGCAUACUGCCCAAGUUUGACUGAUCUCAGUUUCCUACAAUAGGCGAAAUCCAAACUGUGUUCUUCAAAAAUAGCUGCAGAAAUGAACUUCAGAAUUGAUUUUAUUUGUGUCUUUUUAUGAUCAUUUAGGGGUAAGGAUGUCCCGGUAUAAUUUUAUUGGAUAAGAUCCACAAGACUAAAAAUAUCUCAUAAAUCUUACUUGGCGUCCAGAUGAAGACUUAUCAUUGUUUGAAGAUGAUUUGGGCUUUGUAAACAUUUGAUUUUAUUGUGUCAUGUAGAUAACCAGUGCACAGGAAAAUAUGUAAUAAAAUGUACAUAUAUAAAUCUAAGCAUUAUAUAUAUUCAUUGGAUAUGUGGGUCUCAUCAAAUAAUAUUCUAGGAUAUAUCAUAUAAGCCCUAAUUUAAUAAUAGCAUUUGAGACUUCUAAGAAGAGGAAUGAUUCUUUAAUCUCUAAAGCUGUUUUUAUUCCAUGUGCACAUCAUGAAAAAGGCUGUCUAAAAAUUAAGAUUUUAUUUCACCACACUUGUAAACAUUUGUAUUUACAACAAAAUUUACAAUUUUAUAUUUACACACGUCUUGAAUAGUAUUUGUAGAAUUUGUAGAUUUAUAUAAAUGGUAGUAAUAUUGA